GGUUUUUGUCGAGCUGUUUUACAAACGUUGAUUCUCUCCGGAAAACAAACGUCUGUAAUGUAUUUGCUAAACCAUUAUAAUUAUCAUGAGGUCGAAAACGUCAAUGAUUGAUCGUCAUUCUUUCAUCAGUUGUCCAACUUGUAGGCAAAGAAUUGGCUUUAGUAAGGUGAUUCGAGGAAUGGCUGCGAACGCACCGACUGACGAAUCGUUUUCCCUUACGAUAACGGAGUGUGAAACCGCGCUUUCUUGUGAAAGUUCCCAGAAUUCUUCUUCACACAAUGGAUCCUAUCACAGUCCAUUGAUGAAUGAACUUGCGAAAAUGGUGAUGAACUUUAAGGCUAAAGCUUUACUGCUGGAAGAUGAACAGGAAUCACUAUUUUCUAUAUUAAUGAAUUUACGAGAAGAACUUUCAGCAGAAACUUCCACACUUUCUGGAUUAGGAGCAGUUAAUGCUGUUGAUAAUCUGAUUGCCACGUUGGCAGAUGUAAAUUUGAAAGUAACUACUAAACGCAGCAGUCAUGAAGAAGAAGCUCUGCAUCAAGUUAAUAACAUGAUCAGUCAACUUGUUUCCCAAUCACAAACUGAAGUGCAUAGCACCAAAGAGCUAUGCCAUGUUUACAUCCGAUCUUGUUACCAACCAGGUCAGUGUACAGAUGAAUCCAACUUGGAUGAAGGAGAUUCCUUUCAGUCGUUCAUUCUUAGAUGUGCACCAGAUGAUAAACAGCGUAUUAGAAGAAGAUUGCACGGAUUAUUAAAGUAUAUCGAUUCUCGACUCAAGGAUAUUUAUUCCCCUACUAAUGAGAAUUUUUGAAUUACGGCGUCUUAAACAAAUCUAAAUAAUGGCGGGUUCGUGCUACAGGGAUUAUUCUUUCCAUUGCAUUAAGCGUUCAAAACCAAUUUACUUACAAGGCGAGAAAACGUUUUUUGUCAGGUAACGGUAGAUAUCGUUGUAUUGUUAAAAAUACCUAAGCAUGUUUGUACGCAUACAAAUGUUUAAUAAUUUGUGAAAAUAACGUGGAUUAUGCGAAGGAAUGCGUGAAAGACAGCAUUACCAUUCAAUAUCGCAAUAGCUUACGCCGUUAAUUGGAUUAACAUUGAAGCCUCGACGAAGUAGACGGCACCUUGAGUAAAAUUGAAAUUUUAGUAAACGACGGUUUAAUUGUUAAUGCAGAAAAGUUGGUGAGAAAAAAAAGAUCGAUUCUUCACCUGUGUUCUUCCAAACGUGGAGCGGCGAGCCGGGGAUCAUUGGUACUGGCACUAGACCAAAGCCGUUCAGCUACAGCCGAAGCUCGAGGCCAUGUAAUGGAUGUAACACUCACAGCAUCGAUAAAUUCUCCCCACAUGCAUGCCUCGCCGCCAAUUACCUUAUGGAACAAAAAGUAGGAUACAGUGAAUGGCGAACAAGAAGAACGUUAUGGCCACAGCUUUUAUGGUAAUUCGAUCUAUAACUCACCAAUCUUUUUUGGCUUUCUGUUCCGUUAAAUGACAAGGGUUCUGCUAGAUAAUAACGAUCCCAGUCGAUGCCGUAAUUGAUAUAAUUGAGGUACCAAGGUGAAGAAAGUACCGUGCGAUAGCCAAAUUUUGUCACCU